CUUGGAGAGGAGAAAUCAACUCCAUAUGGACUCGUCUGGCCCCGUCGGAAAAGCCAUCAAAGAGCUGAUUCAAGGUCAUGAAUCCGCAAAGCAGCUCAGAUCAAUCCUUCGCGACGCCCGAUCCUUGGCCGCUACCAAGGAUCUUGCCAACAAGAUUUCACGAUCUUUCGAGAACGCUAUUUCAAUAAUUUUGGAUGGCCAUGGUGCAGGCGAUCAGGUUUCCAAAACUCCGGCCAACUCCCUUACCCGUUCACCGUUCUCGGUUGGCUGGAAGUCCAAGGAUUCCGGCAAGUUUACCAAGAGCUUCGCCGUGAAAUACCGGAGAAGCUGGUACAAUAGAAGAAAUAAGGGCCAAACAUGGACAAAGCAUACCCCAACUUCAGUCGCUGACCAUUAUAAAUGGAAGAAGUAUGGACAGAAAGAGAUCGUCAAUUGCCUUCACCCCAGGAGCUACUACAGAUGCGCCCACAAGGAUGACAGGGGUUGCGAAGCCACCAAGCAGGUGCAGCAAAUUCAAAAUAAUCCAGCAGAAAUGUACAGAACCAUCUACCAUGGCCACCACACUUGCCAGAACCCAAUUAAGAAACCUCUUCAUGUCAUCAUCGAUUCUUGUGAUGAUCUCAGAGAGAACAAUUCGAAUGCAAUUAACUUUGGUUCAAGUUCAACCAGCCCGAAUACCAAACCCCAGGAGCCGUGUUUUCCAACCAUAUCAUUCAUAAAUCAACAGGAAAACGAGGGAAAGAUGUCUAGUUUGAAUUACCAGCUGCAGAACCAAGAAUUAUUAUUAGAAUAUAAUUUGCAGUCCUCACAGCUUAAUAAUGGUGGUGGAAGUGUCACGAUGGGGUUUGAAUCAUCUCAGUUCGGCUCAGUGUUGUCUUGGACGGCCGACAAUGGUGAUCUGAUCUCUUCUGGGGUGAACCCAUCAAGUAUGGCAAGUACUUAUAAUCAGGGUUUGGUUCUUUAGGUAUGAGUGACAUAGGGCAACCUUAUUAGCAAUGAUGGAUUCGUGUGAUUUAGGGCAACCUUAUUGGCUAUGAUGGAUUUGUGUUGUUAUGAAAUAAUACUGUUGGUGUAAUAUUUAGUAAACUAAGUGUGGUAGUAUAUAUGUAAUAACAUUAAA